GUCAGGUUUACUGUGGUUGUCACAAUAUUCGUCACCACUUGCAUGCUCUCUCAACUGCCUCGGCUUUUCAGGUCCCUCCGCCGAUCGCCUUGAGGUUUGACAAUCAGUAUCAAACACGUCAAUUAUACCCACCACGAAGACGUCUAGGUCUGAAGGUGCCACCAUGGCCGACAUCAAGCAGCAGCUAGAGGCUCUGCGCCCAGAGAUUGACGAGAUCGUUCGCAUAGCCGGUACACCUGGGCUCUCACUCGGCGUCAUACACCAAGGAAAGCCCAUUCAUACUGCACAUUUCGGCCGUCGAAACGCUGACGACGCGGCGCCGUGUACCGACAAUACUAUCCAUAGCCUUUGUUCUCUCACUAAGCUGGUCACCGUCGCAGCCGUUGCCAAACUUGUUUACGAAGGUGUACUUCAAUGGGAUAAACCUGUUCGGGAGUACCUGCCAGUUUUCCGCCUACGACAAGACGAGCUGGGAAUAAAGGCUACCUUGAAAGACUUGUUGUGCAUGCGCACUGGUUUGACAGCCGCAAACUCCCUGUUGACCCUCCAAGAUAACGAACCACUCAUGAAAGCGGGUGAAACCACUGGUCUAGCUACGUACCUUCCGACUGCCAAACCUUACGGACAAUUUCUCUAUUCGCAGUGGAAUUAUUCUCUUGUUGGCGACAUUGUCAAGGAAGUAACUGGCACCUCUAUCUUUGACUACAUACAAGAAAACAUAUUUGGGCCUCUGAACAUGAGUCGCAGUUCCUUUAGCUAUCUUCAAGAUCUGGACGAUGACGUCGCGCACACUCAUUGUACCCAUGAUGAUGGUACAGCAAGUCGGAAGCCCGACGCCACAUCAGGCCUGUUUGCGAACGGCGCUGGUGCAGGCGGUGGUGCUCGAAGUUCUGUAAAAGACUACAUGACCUUCCUGCAAGCAAUCCUUCAUGCGUACAAACAUCAGACUACCAAGGGCGUCGAUGUUACGCCAGGUUCAAUCUUCCCACUCAUGCGCGAGGUGUUCACUGCACAGGUCGGCUUUGGUCCCCCUGGACGAUCCGGUAUCGAAAACGCAGCGUACUGCAUGGGCUUGUAUCGCACGAGACUUCCUGGAUACCUUAGUAUUGCCAGCCCAAAUUACUACUACACUCUGGGAAUGAAGCGACUCGCUCCAUACGGUGAAACCCUUGCAGGUACAGAUGUGUAUCACCAUUCAGGGCUCGCAUUAGGACACCAGGGAGCACUUUUUGUUGUGCCUUCCACCGAGAGCGCAGUCGUGGCUUUCACAAACUCGCAACCGCUGAUGGAUCCAUCAGAUUUCGUCGCGCAGCUCGUUCUUUCGAAGCUGCUCGGGCCGCCGCCUAGCCUGGACUUCGUCAAACUUGCAAAGCUUGCUCGGACCAUCACGCUGGAUAACUACAAGGUCCUCGAAAAUCUCGUAUCGAAGGGCAAGACCGAUGUUCCUCCCACCAAACCUCUUUCUGCAUACCAAGGCGACUUCUACAACGCGAUCCACAACUUCGUCUUUUCAGUCUCGGUGAAUGGUGGCGGCCUGAAUGUUCGUGUGCAGCGAGGUAAGACAAACUUCGACCUCCUACCUUAUGACGGCGAUACAUUCUACUGGAGGGUAAACCGGGAAGAAGAAAUGUGUGAGAAAGGGAUGUGGGGGUUCAUGUACAAGGACUGGCAUUUGUUCCGAUUCGAGAUCAAUUCUCACGGAGAGGUGGAGAAAUUGUUGUGGAAACACGAUCCCUAUCUCGCCAGCCCUGAGGCGUUCACGAAGACCCCCAAUUACCAAGCUUAUGCCAGGUUGUGA